AUGGUUUCAGAGUGCUGUUGGCCCUUCUUGUUAAGCAACGUGACAUUGGUGGUCAAGGGACAGGUUGUUAUCACCACACCAUUUUUCAUUGUUGUUGCUGAUGAGGCCUACCACAGUCGUGUCAUCAGCGAACUUGAUGAUGUGGUUGGAGCUGAACUUGGCAGUGCAGUCGUGGGUCAGCAGCGUAAAGAGCAGCGGGCUGAGAACACAGCCCUGUGGGGCACCUGUGCUCAGUUCAAGUGCAUCAGUAUUACAGAUGAAGGUUGUGCUGCUCUGGCCUCAGCGUUUCAUUCAAGCCUCAGAGAGCUGGAUCUGAGCAGGAAUCAAAUAGGAGACUCUGGAGUGACAGAAAUCUCCAGUCUGCUGAGAAAUUCACAGUGCACACUACAGAUACUCAGACUUUCAGACUGCAGUAUCACUGAAGAAGGUUAUAAAGCUCUGGCUUCAGCUCUGAGAUCAAACCCUUCACACCUGAUAGAGCUGGAUCUCACAGGAAAUGAUCCUGGACAAUCAGGAGUGAAGGAGCUCAAUGAUUUACUACAGGAUGGACUCUGUUCAUUAAAGACCAUCAGGUUUUUGAAAAGUCCUGCUGCAGAGGAAGCGUGUGAGUAUCUCACUGGAGUUCUGGGUAAAAGUCCAUUACUACUGAAAGAACUGGAUCUGAGUGGAGAUAAAUUAGGAGAUCUGGAUGGGGAGAAACUCUCUGCUCUUUUGAUGGACUCUCAUAGCAAACUGGAGAAAAUAAUGCUGAAUAAUUGUGAGCUGACAGAGAAAAGCUGUUCAGUUCUAGCUACUGUUCUCUCCUCCAAAACCAUCCUGAAAGAGAUGAACCUGAACAACAGUCGUCUGCUGGAUUCAGGAGUCAAAGAGAUCUGUGAGGGACUGAAGAAUCCUGUGUGUGAGCUGAAGAUACUGAAGUGAGUACAUUUCACCAACAGCUA